AUGUUUGAACAAAAUAAACUUUCAGUUGUUUUAUUAGUCUUAAUUGUACAAUUACAACUAAUUCUGACGUUUGAUGAUGCGAAUAGUGGUUCCGUAUCACUGAAUUUUGAGGAUAAUAUUGAUGGAAAAUUCUCAUCAUUUUCAAAAUUAAAUAUUCAUCUUUCAAGUCAAACAAAUUUUGACUUAACACCAUCACGUACUAUUCCAUUAUCGCAAUAUGAACGAUUAAUUGAUUUUAAAAGUGAUUAUCCUUAUUAUACAUUAAAAGUUCAUUUUAAACGUGGUGCAACACAAGAUUAUGUUAUGACAUCUAUACCAAUGUGUCUUGUUUUACAAGCACAAUUUCAAUAUACUGUGACUUUAUUUGUAAGUGAAAAUGGAUAUAUUGUUGGCGUACAAGUAACAACAGGAAAUUCGACAUGUACUCUAUCGAAUAUAAAUCAAAUAGAACAAAAAACUGAAUAUAACUAUAAAGCUACAAUGCGUUUACAAUUAAACGAUGCUGGACCCCAACCUGAUACACAACGUUUCUUGGAAAAACUUAAACGACAACAAGAAGCAAAAAUAAAUUCACAAGAUGCUGAUAAUCGACCAUUUAUUCUUAAAUAUUGGAAAUAUUUAUUGCCAAUCGUCGUUAUUGUUGUUCUUCAAAGUGCAUUUACUAAUGAAGGUGGUGCUCCAGCAGCUGGAGGAGGCGGUGGAACAUAA